AUGAGCGGGAAAACGAGCGAGCGAUGGGACCGCUCCCAAGAUUUCGAAGACGAGCAGCGCAAAUCAUCCUCAUCCAAGAGUAGCAACGCGAAAAGGGGGAGACGCGGACAUUCCAACUCGCGAGCUACAAUCACAAUCGACUCGUCCUCCUCGUCUUCCUCGUCGCGAUCGUCGUCUUCGAGGAGUUCUUCUGCUUCCGAUUCGUCGAGGGAUUCGUCCGAGAGUUCAGGAAGAAGAACCCCUAAGGCGUUCCGGACGAAAAACGGGUCUCGAAGAGCGUCAGAUUCGGAGGACCACGACUACAGGAGAACCAGACGUCUGGAAGAGAAAGCGAAGAGAUACACUGAGCGCAAGCCUAGCUCAAGAACUAGCUCGCAUUCGCGCAGGAGGAGCAGUAGAGAGCGAGAUCGAAGCAAAGAAAGAAGCCGGGAUCGAAGAAAACGCGCCCCUAGAUCGUCCUCGUCUUCUUCGAGCUCGUCCUCCUCAUCGUCGUCUUCAGCGAAAUCGACGCGCUCGGAAAAGAAACGAAGAAAGCUCGAGAAAAAGCUAAAGCAGGUCGAAGCAGCUCUCACCAAAAAGCGCGCGAAAAAGCGCAUUAAACGCUAG